UGUGUUGGCGGUGUGCCAUCUUUGAGCGAGCGUCAGGCCGCGGGCCUCUGACUGCAGGAGACCGGCGAGUCUCACACGAGACAACGGGGCAAGAGGACGGAGAAAACACACCGCCGAACGACCGGGAGCAGCUCGCCACACCGGGCCCGCCGCUCUUCACCUCUCACAGGUCACGGUUAAAAGAAGAGCAGCGAGAGAAGGGCCGCCGCAGGAGCGCGGGACGGCGGCAUCGGCCUCGCGUGUAGAAGAGGCUGAGUGGGACUGCUGGCUGGAGCUAAGCUAAGCUAACAUAGCAUAGCAUAGCUUUUGUAAUCCACCGCCGGCCACACACACACACACAGGUACACGCACAGACACACGCAGGCUCGAGGCGAAGCGGGCCGGGAGACCCGCACAGAGCGGCCUUUCUGAACGAACGAGAGAGAGAGAGAGAGAGACGGGACCGGCGGAGACAGGCGGCUGGUUCUGAGGGGUGAGGCCAGAGGACCAGACUCAAUGAGUUUCCAGCGAAAUGUCAGAGAAGUCAGGGCAGAGCACCAAGGCAAAGGAUGGCAAGACCAAGUAUGCAACCCUUAGCCUCUUCAACACUUACAAGGGCAAGUCACUGGAGACCCAGAAAACUGCAGUUGCCGCCAGACAUGGGCUCCAGAGUUUGGGGAAAGUCGCAGUCAGUCGGCGUAUGCCCCCUCCUGCCAACCUGCCCAGCCUAAAGGCAGAAAACAAAGGCAACGACCCCAACGUCAGCAUCGUCCCAAAGGACGGCAGUGGUUGGGCUUCCAAACAGGACCAGGCUGGGGAAGAACGGCAGCAGGAGACCCCUCCCCCACAGCCAAAGCCCGCUGUUCCUCAGGCGGCUGACACUUCUCUGGGCGUUAGCCGCUCUUGGGCCAACAACAAGCAGUCUGGAACACUCGAUGGAGGUCCACGAAUAAGCAGCCAGUUCCACCAGGAGUUCCCCAGCCUGCAGGCAGCAGGUGAGGCAGAGAAAUCGGCCGAGCAGGAGGAAGAGCCCUAUGGACCAGGCCCCAGCCUCAGACCUCAGAAUGUGGGCAGCUGGCGGGAGGGUGGGGGUAGAAAUCUGAAUGUAGCUCCCAGCCCCUCGGAGAUGGACAGCAAGGCUUCUGAGGAGGCGGGGGUGGGUCGAGGCACUCCCUCCCCCACAGGGGACUCAGAUGAGCAAGGGAAACACAGCACUGGGGAAAAGAGAGAUGCCAGAGACAGGCUUUCUGCUCCUGCCUCCCAGCACAAAGUCAAUGGUGGACAGCAGCCACCUGGAGGUGUAACAUCUCAGUUCCAUGCCCAGUUUAGGAACAUGAUGCCACCUUAUAUGUUCCCUCCAUAUUCUCGUAUGCCAUAUCCAGCUGUGCAAGGAAACUUUAGAUUCUCUGGCCAACAAGAUGGAUCAAAAGGUUCACGGGGGAGUGGAAGGCCUUCCCAGCCUCCUCCUCAGUCCUGGCUGCAGGAUCCAGACCGACCCUCUAUUGUUAGUGCUUCAGAGCUGAAGGAGCUUGACAAUCUGGACACAGAUGCUGAUGAGGGUUGGGCUGGAGCCCAAAUGGAAGUUGACUACACAGAGAAGCUGAACUUCAGUGAUGAUGAGGAGAAUCAUACAGCUAAGGAGAAAGGAGACAACUGGGAAUGGAUGAGUAAGGUGGACCGCAUGCGAUCACGCAACACCGAUGCUCAGGAAGGCUGGAAAGAGGGAGGGGAGGAGAAAAGUGAGAGCAAAGGCGCAUGGGCAGACAGUGUGGACCCUAGAGUUCCCUCUCCAGGCAGUAUGACUCAGUACAACAAAACAGGACCAUCCCCAGACUACCAGGGUCAGGCAGCAGGGCGCUCUCUAGGAAGUGGUGCUGCUCGUGCAGCAAAGCCAUCCACCACAGCCUCCGCUGAGGAUGACUCGGAGGCCUGGCGGCAAAGACGGAAGAAGCAGUCUGAACUUUCUGAGGCUGUGGAACGUGCUCGGAGACGGCGUGAGGAAGAAGAGAGGCAUAUGGAGGAGCAAAGAUUGGCCGCCUGUGCUGAGAAACUCAGACGCCUCAAUGAGAAACUUCGACCUGCUGCUACGACAGAGACUACAAAAGCAACUACACCAGCUCACAGUGUUGAGCCAGAAGAGACUGAAAUCGUGCCUAACCUGCCCAGUGAAACCCCAACUUCUCAGGCUGGUCCUUUGCAGCAUCCCCACCCAUCUGUGCCCUUGCCUUCUCAUGAUAGGCCAGAGCCAAGUGUGGAGGAGGAGCCACAGUUUGCACCUAGGCAACCCAGCCCUCCUGCCCACAGGACUGUUCAGGAAUCCCAAGUGACUGAGGUAGAUGUUGCUGUAACUGAGGAGGUGCAGGUGGAGAGACAACCAAUGAGAGACUACUUUACCACGGAAGAGUGCAGAGUGGAAGAGCCUCAAUUGUCUCUUCCUCGGCUGGAUCACUCUGGCAAUGAGGACGCUCCCCAUCAGCAGCUGGAAAAUGAGGCUGAGGCAGGGACCACUGUCCGUCCCUCACUCACCUCUGGAUACUCCAAACAGUUUCAGAAAUCUCUGCCACCUCGCUUCCUCCGACAGCAGGAGCAGUUAAAACAACAACAGUGGCAACAGCAGCAGCAGCAACAACAACAACAGCAGCAGCAGCAACAACAACAGAGUGGCGGAGGCUCAGUGUCCCCCUCAGGAGCAUCAGUUCCUCCCCAGCAUCGAUCUCUCUAUCAGCCGCUGGGUCCUCACCACCAACACCUGGCCUCCAUGGGCUUUGAUCCACGCUGGCUGAUGAUGCAGUCAUAUAUGGAUCCACGCAUGAUGUCUGGACGCCCUCCUAUGGAUAUGCCACCCAUGCAUCCAGCAGGCAGAAUGCCUCCGAAGCAGCUGGUCCGGAGAGAGCCCACAGAUAACAGCAGCUCUGGUUCUGACUCCUUUGACCAUCUGACCCGACCAGUCAGAGAGCAUGGAAUGCCUAGUGAUCCACGGAUGGUGUGGGGUUCUGAUCCUUAUCCCUCAGCUGAGCCCUUACCCUCUGCCACGCCCCCUAAAUGUCGGGAGGACUGCAAGGAGCCCAGACUUGAUGCUGGUUUGGAGCUGGAAAGAGGACUGUCAGCUGUUUAUCCCCAGGAACACAGCUCCCUGGAGCCUAGGAGCAAGAGUGACUUUUUCAGGGACUCCUCUGAGCCUCUCUCGACAUUCAGCCGUGUCUCAGAAGAGGUGCCAGGUCUCCUGCAGACAGACAGGACCCCAGGUAUCUCUUCCUUUGAGCCCGAGACAGCCACACUCUCGGGUGGAGAGGAGGUGGAGUCCAUAGGGCAGGCUGUUCUUAAGAGGACCAUCUCGCAAGGUUCCAGCCACUCACUCAAAGUGGAAGAGCCCAGGUUUGAAGGAGUUUCCAAAGCUCAAAAGGCCCUGGAUCUCCCCAGUGCUACAGAACGGUUAGAGGAUAGUUGUAGAAAAGAGCCUUUCGGCCCGGGACCUGCACUUAACAGCCGGGCAACUCCACCCACUGCUGUUGAAAGCAUGCACAAAGCAGAAAAGCUACCACUGGCAGCAUCCAACAAGCAGAAGGCUGAGUUGCGCUGGGGCUCUCGUGGCUCAGGUGCAGGGAGGAGAGAUGGAGCAGGAGGGGAGCGGCCAGUUAGGAGGUCUGGGCCGAUAAAGAAACCUGUCCUGCGGGACAUGAAGGAAGAGCGCGAACAAAGGAGAGAGAAAGAGGAGCGUCAUGAGCGAGGGGAGCGACCAAAAAAGGAAGGGUCAACCUUCAAAGCCCCUUUAUCUGCUGCAGCCACGGUGUCUGAUGGACAAAAGCUCUCUAGCGAGAAUCAGAAGGAGAGUGUGGCCGAACCAGAAGAGGGAGCGCCUGCAGGUGCCAGCAAAGCGAGAGAGUCACAGUCAGCAGGUACCGCCAACACUCAAGAGGAAAAACCAAGCAAGCCUCCUCCCAGUGAGAAACGCUCCGAACCCAAACUACCAUCACGUAAAGAGUCCAACCUGCCACCUAGAGCCUACCGCAGAGAGGAGAGGGAGAGAGAAAGAGACCGUGAGCGGGACAGAGAGGCUGAUAGGGACAUUGACUGGCCUUCCGAUGCAAACUUCAAAGGCCGCGGUCGAGGGGAAUACUACUCGCGUGGUCGCAGUUACAGGGGCAGCUACAGUGGUAGAGGGAGGGGUAGUCGUGGGCGAAGUCGAGGCGACUUCCCAUAUAGAGAGCCACGUUCUCGCUCAGACUUGCUAACAGCUGCCGGAGGUACAGGGUUCCGCUGUCGUGAGGAGAGCGAGACUCGCAGUGAAAGCUCAGACUUCGAAGUGCUGCCCAAGCGCAGACGCAGGAGAGGCUCAGACACAGACUCGGAAAGCGAAGGCAGAGAGUCUGCCAGCGACACUGGCCCUUCUGACCGUGAGCCCAGUGCUAAGCCCAGCAGACCCCUGCGCCGUGAGUUACCAGAAUCUCGCCCCUCUGUCAAAGCUGCCUCAGGCUUUGGGCCUGGGCAUCUACCAGACAAGUCUGGCUCUCGGGUUGAAGAGGAGGGCCGGCCUAAACCUGGAUUUCUGCCAAAGGGUGAACCAUCACGACGUGGUAGAGGGGGACUGUACAGCCGAAGAGGAGGAGGCAGAGAACGGGGAGCACCCAGAUCAGCUCCGCUGCGUCGGGCUGGAGCACGGGAGAGCCUGCCAGGGCCUUCCAAACCCAUGGAGACCUUCCGACCAGAAGAAGCAGAGACAUCUCGUUUGGACAGCAUGGCGGCUGAACAGCGCUUGCCUAAAUAUGAAGGUAAGAAAUUGAGAGAAGGGGGCCAAAGCGCAAGGGAGAGACCUCGGAGACCCAGGCCUGCCAGACCUCCCAGGCAGGACAAACCCCCACGCUUCAGACGCCUUAAGGAACGAGAAGCAGCAGUCAUAGCAGGUGAAGCAGCUGCCCCAGCAGCUGCAGAAGCACUGGUUGACCCAGGACCUGCAUCUGUUUCCCCAACACUGUCCAAAGCUCCUGGAACACCAGUCACUCUACCUGAAAGUGCCGCUGUUGCCACCCCAGCACCUGUCGCUGCUGCCCCCAGUCCUCCUGAACUUCCUGUCACAGAGACGGUUCUCCCUGAAACGGGAACCACUAGAGUGGUUGCUGCUGGCAGCAAAUCACCUGACCUGUCAAAUCAGAACUCUUCAGACCAGGCCAACGAAGAAUGGGAAACAGCUUCUGAAAGCAGUGACUUCAAUGAGCGAAGGGAACGAGAAGAAAGGAAGGGUGCGCUGGAAGCAGCUGUUGCUGCAACAGCAUCCUCUUCUUCUGCACCUCCUCAACCUACAAGAGCCCAGAACAAGUCCCCCACUGAGGGAGGAGUGACUCCAAAGCGUGAGGCAAUUCCCUCAGCCAAGAGGAGCUUCUCCAGCCAGAGGCCCGUGGACAGACAGAACCGCAGAGGCAAUAGUGGGGCCAAAUCAGGCCGAGGAUACCCAGGAGGCAAGGGCGAGCGCAGGGGAGGGUCAGGAGCCAAAUCUGGACGCAGAGGUGCUGCAGCUCAGAGUGCGGAGGGCACCCAGGUGGGAGCAAGUCAGAAGGCCAGUAAAGAGCCAGCAACUAGCCGUCGCAAAGAGGAGGCCAAGCAAGCUGUGAAGAAACCAAAGGAGAAGGAGAAUGCUCUGUCUCAGUUUGACCUUAAUAACUAUGCUAGUGUGGUAAUCAUUGAUGACCAUCCAGAGGUGACAACGCUGGAGGACCCACAGUCCAACACUAAUGAUGACGGCUUCACAGAGGUUGUGUCUCGGAAACAGCAGAAACGUCUGCAGGACGAAGAGAGGAGGAAGAAAGAGGAACAGACCGUACAGAACUGGAAUAAAAAGAGUUCAGGGGAGAAAGGUCGAAGUGGAGGCGGCUCCAAAUUGCCUCCACGGUUUGCCAAAAAGCAGCAACAGCAAGCAUCAGCAGUGUCUCAGCAGCAGGCUGCAACACCAGCCCAUCAGACCCAGACUGCUCCCUCUCAACCUCCUCAGCAGCCUCAGUCUCAGCCACAGCCAGCUGUCUCUGUGUCCCAGCACAGCCUUCCUGCUCAGGCCCAGAGCACCAGCUCUUCCCAGCCUUUAGAGGGUACUGUGGCCCCUUUGCCUGCUGCAACUGUUGAAUUUUCUACCAAGACCCAGACGCACAGCACACUGGGUACAGAACUGUGGGAGAAUAAGGUUGCUGGCUCCACAGUGCUCCCGGAUGUCAAGAAACUUGGACCCAUCAGCCCUCCUCAGCCACCCUCAGUCAGUGCGUGGAAUAAACCCCUGACCUCCUUCACUGGGAACGUGGCUUCUGAAGGUGUGAAGUCUGGAACAGAGGGUGGUGUGGAACUUGGCAUGGAGAGUAUACAGUUUGGAGCUCCCUCAUCUGCGGGUAGCACAGACAGUGAUGGAGUACCAGCGUUACUAGAAAAAACAUCUGAUAAUAAACUACCUGAACCAAAAGAGCAGAGACAAAAACAACCUCGUGCUGGGCCCAUCAAACCACAAAAACUGCCUGAUAUUGCUGCUCCAGAGCAGAAGGAGUACAAGCCAGGCCCUAUUGGUAAGGAGCGCUCAUUGAAGAACCGGAAGGCCAAAGAUGGCCGCCAGUCAGAUGGAGAAGGUUUGGAGAAGGGUGGCCCUGGAGGCAGCCGGGAUAGAGACUCUAACUCCCCUGCUAAAGACAAAGUUCCUGAACUUGGAGGAGAUAUUGAGGGCAUGAUCACAGUCCCCUCAGCUGAGUACUCAAGCAGCUCCAAGGAGUCUGUUACUGACUACACUACUCCGUCCUCCUCACUGGCUGAUACUGUGCCCACCGGAGGGAGCAAAAUGGAGGAGAGCCUGGUUGCUAAUGUGGCGCUGCCUCAUUCUCUGCCUCUGCCCCGUAGAGAAGCCCUACAGCAGAGCUCCAGCCUCAGCACUGUCUCUCCUGCUACAGUGGACCUCACACUGAAGAUGGAGUCAGCUCGUAAGGCAUGGGAGAACUCUCCCAGUCUGGGAGAGAAGAGCUCUCCUGUCACCUCCUCUGCAUCCCCCAUCACCAGUGGAGGAGGAGCAGGCAGUGCCUCUUUCAGCUCAUUCUCCAGCGCCUCUGUGCCUCAGAUACCUGUGGCCUCAGUUACACCUAGCACAUCACUGUCAGGUUCGGCCACCUAUACCACGUCAUCUUUGAGCACCAAGACCACAUCUGCGUCUGACCCUCCCAACAUCUGCAAAGUGAAGCCCCAGCAGCUGCAGAGUUCUGGGAUGUCCAACAACUUUUCCCAGCUGGGCUGUGUGCCCUCCUUGUUACCCCAACAGCAGCAGCAGCAGCAAACCCCACAAGUCUUUGUUUCCCAGUCUGCAGCAGGUUCUGCAGCCCAAAUCUCAGCGUUCUACAUGGACACCAGUCACCUGUUCAGCACACCACACCCUCGCUUGGCUCCUCCCUCCAUUGCCCAGCAGCAGGGCUUUCAGCCUGGUCUCUCACAGCCUACAGCAGUGCAGCAGAUUCCAAUCCCCAUCUACGCCCCCCUGCAGGGUCAGCCCCAGCACCAAGCCCAGCUUGGCCUCAGCACUGGCCCACCAGUCUCUCAGCCACAAGACCUUUUCAGUUCCUCCAUACAGCCCUACAGGUCUCAGCAGGCAUUCAUGCAGAAUAGCCUGUCUCAGCCGUCACCUAUGAUGCUCUCAGGAACCGCCCUACAUAGCUACCCGGGCGUGCAGCCCCCAGACCUGGCCAAGCCCCAGUCAAGCCUGGCCUUUCAGCAGACUUCCAACACACAGCACAUCCCCAUCUUAUUCGAACCUCAGCUCAACCAGCCCUCUGGAAUAGGCGGCUCCCAGCUCAUAGAUACACACAUACUGCAGCGCCAAGGAAUGAGUCAACAUUCAAACCUUUACUCUGGACAAGUGCAGCAGCACACACAGAAUAGCUACUACAGCUCAACACAGAGUCCCAGCUCUGCAUUGCAACAGGUUACGGUCCCCAUGCCUGGCUCGCAGUUGUCGUUGCCAAGCUUUGGUUCUGGUGCGGGGCAGCCUCUGUUGGCCUUGCCCCAGUCUUUGCCACCGACCCCUCCACAGGCCCAGCCACCCAACCUGAAUCGCCAACCCCCGAACAGCCAGUCCUACCGCGGCCUCAUCGGCCAGAACACACACAGCAUGAUGCCUUCCAACAAGAUGUGCGAAAUGGACAUAAAGCUGUUUGGCAGUGGGAUGGAUGUGAAACCUGGUACUCCUCCAGUCAGUGCAAGAAGCACUACCCCCACAUCAAGUCCUUACAGGGCAAGCUCCACAAGCCCUAGUAGUCAGUCAAGUAAGAUGAACAGCAUGCUGUAUCCUAAACAGUUCCAGUCUGGAUCACAAGGCAUGCGCAUCCCUCAACAUUUCCCUGGACAGUUCAACCCACAGAUGUUGUCCCAGCCUAACAUAGUGUCUCCACUGGUACGUCCCCCCCACGCCAACUCCUUUCCUGGAGGAGUACAGCGUACCCCAAUGGGUCCCCCUAUGUCUCCCAGUUUGAGCGGGGGACUGAUGCCUCACCCCAGACCUCAGCACCCACCCCGUGGUCCCUCUGGGCCUCCUCUUGCACCCCGUGGCACACAAGCAGCUCUCAAGGCUGAACAGGACCUUAAGGCAAAGCAAAGAGCAGAGGUACUACAGUCCACUCACAAGUUCUUCUCUGAGCAGCAGCAACAGCAGCAGCAGCUUAAAGCUCCAGUCAAGGCCACUCGUAUGGAGGGAGCAGGCAAACCCAUUGACAACAUCGCUCCAAACCACCAGGGGGCUCCAUCUGACCAUGCUGAACCUGACAAACCCACACCGCUCACUACAACCAAGCCUAUCCGGACCGGCCCUAUCAAGCCCCAGGCCAUCAAACCUGAGGAGGGCAAGUAAACGUAUCCACCUUCAGCGUGACAGACAGACAGAUGAGCAGAUGGUUGAAUAGUGGGACUUGACAGAGAUCUGCUAGAGCACAUACAGCCCUGUUGGAGAGUAGAAAGGUUGGGUUUUGGAGAGAAGGAUGGGGAUACAGGAUGAACAGUAGCAUACUGAUUGAAAGGUACUGUGUGUUCAUCGCAUUUACCAUGCCCUCAUCCUGCUACACUCCUUUCCAGACCCCUUUAUCCUCUUCUCUAUAGGGUAGAGGGGUGGUUGUUAGGUUGUUGGCGCCUCUAGCGUGGGUGUUUUUUGUGCCCCCCCCCCUUUUGUUUUUUUUGUUUUUUUGUUUUUUUGGUUUUGUUUUUUUUAAUAAACACAGAUAAAACGCAGUAAAACAGUUAUUGUUCAUGGCUAGUGUACAGCUAAGAUAUAAAGCAACAAGAAAAGUUAAUUUGCUGCUGAGUGCACAAAUUCAUUUUUAUUAUGGGUAUAAAUCUAUAAUUUUUUUCACAUCACACCCUCCUGCAAGCAAAAUGAUGUGAUAAGCAGGCAGUUAUUUGUGCAGUGGAAUUCUGCUCUCCCCUUUUGUGUUUUGGAUUUCAAGGAACAAAUCUUUGUUUAAAAUUUUUGUGUUCUGGCACAAGCCUUGCUGUUAAGGUCUCGGAGUAAGAGACAUGAAGAUAUCCACACCCACUAUUUUGUGAGCACACACACGUGCAUGGCCACUGCUCACUUUCUCCUUCCCAAUAUAAUGACAUGAUUUCUCCUAAACAAAGUGGUAUGCCAAAAACAACAUGAAACCAUUGCUAAAUCACAAAUGCUUCUUGUCUUUGCGCUUUUGAUUUCCAUAAGAGAAAUGUGCUGUUAGAGCCACUGAUUUGAUUGAUUUAUUGAUGGAUUUGACGAUUGAUUCAUUGAUUGCAGUCUCCACUGUGAGCCUUGCCUCCUGCCUUCUUCUCUGUAGUUCUAUUGACAGAGAGUUGUUGAAAAAGUGGGAGCAUGUAUGUGUACGACACCUCUCCUUGAAUCUUUAGCCAAAGGUUAGGCUUUAUAAGGACGCCACUUCAAUCUACAGUUUGACCGAUGAUUACUCAUACAGUUCUACUUGGUCCACAGGUAGUAUUUUUUUUUUUUUCUUUUCCUUCUUGUUUUUUUCUUUUAAAAAAUAGUUUACUCCAGAGCAGUCAUAUGACUGAUGUCUAUUAGCUCAAGAAUUUCCCCUUCACUGAUUUCUGAAUACAAGUGAAGGAGUUUCAAAUGCUUCACUUUCUCUCCCAACCAACUCAGACUUAUUUAGUCUUUCACUCUCUUUGCCACAACUCACCCAGCCAUGCUGCUGACAGUGCCGUAGGGCAGGACCCUGACCUCUCUAACAGCCAGUCUCAGCACAGGGAGGUCAGGUAGGGUCUGGGUUGGGUUUGAGCAGCAGUGCUUGAUUUUAAUACUUCAGAAAAUAGCUGCAAGAUAAAGUAAAGAUGAAAAUUCAUAAUGCGAGUCGGCCUCUAGAGAUGAACAUGAAAGGAUGGGAAAAAAGAUGAGGUAAAAAAAAAAAAAGAUUGAACUGUAGUUCAGAAGCAUAAAGGACUUAUUUUCUGUUGUGAUGACCACAGGCCUCAAUCAGCUGGGCCUUUAACCUCUCCAGUCCAUUCCUCUCAGGUUGCUAUGGCAAAAGGGGGACUAUAGAUAUACAGGUGUUUUCAGUGUGGACCUCCAAAACGAGAAACAAACAGGAGAGGAAUGAGUGGAGAGAGGGAUGAUUGAUUUUCCUCUUUUGUUUUUUGUUUUACUUGUACAGGGGUUAAAUCGCUGUAAUAAAAUAUGUAAGGUCUUAUUUACAUUCUCUUGGUUUGGUUACAGAAACUAAUAAAAUAAUAUGCUGUUAAAAAAUGA